UUUCAAUAUUCUAGUUUGCUUUUGUUCAAUAUUUCUCUACUCCCAACUGAAGUUCUAGCUCUUCUAUUUGUGCAAACAAUUCAUUGAUAUUCAUAAGCUUUUUGAUUUCUUUUACAUUCCUCAUAACAAUCACAUCUUCAAACAAAACAUAUAUACAUAUAUACAAACUUCAACUUAAUUCCCAAACAUAUAUUUGAUGGAGAGAACACAAUCAUCACUUCUACAAAUUCAGCCUCCUACCUAUGGGAACUUAGUGACUAUUCUAAGCAUCGACGGUGGUGGUAUUAGGGGAAUUAUUCCGGCAACUAUUCUCGAGUUCCUUGAAUCACAACUUCAAGAAUUAGACGGUGAAUCUGCUAGGCUCGCAGAUUACUUUGAUGUGAUUACAGGAACUAGCACAGGUGGUCUUGUAACUGCCAUGUUAAGUGCUCCAAAUGAUAAACAACGUCCACUUUUUGCUGCCAAGGAUAUCAAGCCCUUUUACUUGGAACAUUGUCCAAAGAUUUUCCCACAACAGAAGCACAUGUUGGGAUCGGUGGGGAAAUUGUUCAAAUCAUUAGCAGGACCAAAAUACGAUGGGAAUUACCUACACAGUGUGGUUAGGGAGAAGCUUGGGGAAAUUCGUGUACAUGAAACACUCACAAAUAUUGUGAUCCCCACGUUUGACAUAAAAACAUCGCAACCAAUCAUUUUCUCAUCUUAUAAGAUCAAGAACGCCCCUUGCAUGGAUGCUCGACUCUCGGACAUAUGCAUCAGUACCUCUGCUGCUCCUACUUAUCUUCCUGGUUACAACUUCAAGAACCAAGAUACAGAAGGCAACGUACGUGAGUUCAACCUCAUUGAUGGUGGUGUUUGUGCAAAUAAUCCGGCUUUAGUAGCCGUGAAUGAAGUAACGACGCAGAUAAUCAAUGAGAAUAAUGACUUCUAUGCCAUCAAGCCCAUGGAGUAUAGCCGUUUUCUAAUAAUCUCAUUGGGCACCGGAACACCAAAGAAUGAACAAAAGUUUGAUUCAAAAUUGGCAGCAAAAUGGGGUCUUUUGGAUUGGUUAACUCACGGUGGUUCCACUCCCUUAAUUGAUAUCUUUAGUCAAUCCUCUGGAGAUAUGGUUGAUUUCCAUCUUGCUACUGUUACUCAAGCACUUAAUUGUCAAGAUAAUUACCUUAGGAUACAGGAUGAUACAUUGACCGGUACAGAUUCUUCGGUUGAUAUUUCCACAAAAGAGAAUUUAGAAAAACUUUGCCAAAUUGGUGACAGAUUGUUGAAGAAACCAGUAUCUAAGGUCAAUUUAGAGAAUGGUAUGUUUGAGCCUAUUGAAAAUGGGGAGACCAACCAAGAAGCUCUCAAAAGGUUUGCAAAAAUACUAUCACAAGAGAGGAAGCUUCGAGAAUUGACAUCCCCUCACACUAACAACACCUUGAUAUAGAGACAAAUCCACCCACUCGUUAUGUUCAUGAAUAUUCUUUGUCCUUAAGCUAGUUUUAGGGGACUUAAUAUAAUUAUUUGUCUAUUUCAUUUAUUUUUUGUAUUUAUAAUUUGUGUUGGAUUCAAUGGAUGUAAAGAAAAGGUGUACGUAUUUUUCCUAUUAAUUCAUUAUAAUAAAAAUAUUUAAUUUAUGUUA